AUGCCAGCAUUCCAGCAUCGCUUCGGAGUGCAAUUCGGUGCUAAGUAUAUUAUUCCAUCAAUGUGGCUGUCUCUGUGGAACGCAGCUAGUCCGAUCGGCAUGAUGUUCGGGGCUAUCUGUGGCGGAGUUUUCCAAGACCGCGGAGGGCGUCGCCUCUCGCUGGCAACCGGAAGUUUCCUAUCGGCCAUCGCAGUCGCCAUGUGUUAUGUUGCGGAUCUACCAGACGAUAUGGACUCGCGAAGAGGGUUCUUCUUGGGUGGGAAGCUGUUCCAGGGCAUUUGUAUUGGAAUCCUGCUUUGUGUCGUACAAACUUACAUGUCCGAGGUAUUGCCGGUGCGCCUGAGAGGACCAAUUAUCGCCUUCCUGCCGAUCUUCACUCUGCUUGGGCAAUUGAUCGGGUCCAUCGUGGUUUAUACAUCCCUCAGGUAUAAGGGCGCCACGAGCUAUCGGAUUUGCUUCGCGUCCCAGUGGCCCUUCUCGGCCGUCCCGUUUGUAUUGGCGGGAUUACUCCCUGAAUGCCCGACUUGGUUAGUAAGGAGAGGAAAACUGGACGAGGCGCUGAAGGCACAGCGGCGGCUCGACACUGCGAGUACUGACUCGGCGGCGAUUGUUGACGAGAUUCAUACUUCGAUCCUGCUUGAGCAGGAGGAGAGAAAGACGCACACUUACCUGGACUGUUUCAAGGGGAUCCACAGGAGGAGAACCAUAAUUGUCGUUUUUGCUAGUACACUUCCCCAGCUAUUCGGCUUACAGCUAUUGGCAAAUGCAUCGUAUUUUAUGCAAAUUGUGGGAAUGGGGUCUUCAAACAGUCUCAUCUUUCUUAUCCUGGGAAUCGGACUUGGUUUGAUCGCAAACAUUGUCAGCUUGUGGGUGCUGAAUGGCUUUGGCAGACGGUUCCUCUGCAUCGCGACUCUUGGUGUCGCCAUGGUUUUAUGGCUUGCAAUGGGCAUUGCGGGAUGUUUCACGGGUAUAGUUACCAUUUGGUAUACUGCGGUAACGAUGAUGAUCAUCACCAUGGUUUGUGGCAUGGGAAUUUGGCCCGCCUCACAUGUCGUAGCAGCCGAAACUUCGUCACUACAACUUCGGGCGAAGUCACAAGGCAUUGGCUGGUUUAUGAGCGGAAUCUCAACUGGCGUCUUCUCUAUUAUUCUGCCAUACAUCUACAAUGCGGACGAAGGGAACCUCAGAGCAAAGACAGGGUUCGUAAUGGCAGGAUUUGCUGCAGCCGGCAUUGUAGGGACUUGGUUUGCCGUCCCUGAAAUGAAGGGACGGUCACCUAUGGAGAUUGAUCGCAUGUUUGCUCUAAAACUUCCAACGCGGGCUUUCAAGCGGUGGAGGGCCGAUGCGGUUCUUUAG